AAUUAAUUGGAAACAUGCAAAGCCUAAGAGCAAAAAGCAUGGAUAAUGAUACAAUCGUCUGUAGUUAAAGCUUUUAUAUCCAGGGUUAAAAACAACCAAAAUUUAACAAAGGUGAGAUAAUAAAACCAAAUAAGAAGAAGUCAUAUUCAACAAUUGUUUUUCAUUUCUAUUCCGUUCUUGUAGGAUUCAAUAUAACAGAUAAUGUAAAAACAAUAAAAAAAAUAGAUAACGGACAACUUGAAAAACGGAGGCAGUAUAUCCAUGUCAGGUAGAAAUAGAACUAAACCCUAUGAGAUGUAAUUGUUUCAAAUAUCUUAGGAUUAUCAAACAAAGAUUGACUGAUGGGCGUGUUUGAAUUUUUAAAAAAACUAACCGAAAUCAUCAUUCAUGUCGUUACACUAAGUUAAUUUGAACUGAAUCGUAAAAGCCAUGUGUAUGCCUUUAAAAGAAGCAUACAGGUCUUUGUGAAAGGUCAUGUGUGAACGCUGACCUGUCAUUAUGACAGAAACUCAGCAGAUAUUUUUUUCUUAUAAAGAAUUUAGAUUUCAAUUCUUACAUCCAUGUUUUUUUUAAAUUAUUGGUCCAAUACAUUAACAAGGAUGAUACAAACAAGUUUUUAUGAUCAUGUUCGUAGUGGAUAUGUCACGUUUUUCGCUGCCAUUCUUGUAAAAAGUAAAACAACAAAAAUACCGAGCUCCAGGAAAAAUUUAAACGGAAAGUCCCUUAACCAAUGGCAACAUCAAAAGCUCUAACAAAUCAAACGAAUGGAAAACAACUGUCUUAUUCCUGACUAAGUAGAGGCUUUUCCUAAUGUAGAAAAUAUUAUUUAAACCUGGGUUUAUUGUUGGUUAUAACAAUAGCUUUCACAAUAACACUAAUAGUUGCAUUUAAACAGGAUGAAUAUUACAUAUUGUCUUGCGAGGCAUAAUUAACUGUAAAUUUUUCACAAAUGUCGAACAUUUUAGUACAUAGGUCACCCUUGAAACCAAAUAAAAUGAUAAUAUAAGAGGGGUGCCAAUUUUGAAUAAAAUUCAAAAUACAAGAGGACAAGACGAGAUUAAUCUGAAAAACAGGUUAUAGGCCUCGUUGAGGUGACCGUUAUAUUUGAAGUAAUUCAACUUGUAAAUGUGAAAAAAUGAAAUGAGGUCUUAUUAUUAUUUUUCCCUUUUAAUGAAUUGACAAAUAAGUUUUUUUAAGCAUUAUUGCUUUCAUUCGACAUGUUUGAUAAAACUGAAUUUUAACAUUACAUAUUAAUUCAUAUAACAAACACAGGAAAUAGGAAAUAAAGAAAUCUGAAAAAUAAAUCCUGUUUGUGACAAAAUCACCACAAGAGCAAACAAACAGUUAAUGAAGAAGAGGCAGACAUUUAAACAAAUAUGCAUAAAUUGUUUCAUACUUUUUCAAACGAAAUCGAAUCGUUCACUCCAAGCGCGUUUCUAUCUCUGAGUAUGUAUUCUAUGCACAUAGACAUCCAGCAUGGCGACAAAAGGGAAGUUACUUGUGCCAAUCGAAUCCUAACUUAUUCGUCCACGUACUGAGAUAUUGACAUCCAAUAUGACGUCAUUGCAUAACUUGUAAAGUUGAACUUUUUAUAGCAAUACUAGGAUAUGCAUGUAUUUAUUUUUUAUUAAAGUUACACAAUAUCUUUUAAGACUUCAAAGGUCCUACAAUUACUACAGAACCUGUGUUACCAUUUCGAUCUGGCAGCAAUGUUGUAUUUACCUGCAUUGUGGAAACUUUGUCGACGAAAAUUAAAUUUGAAUGGGAAUGUCUUGGCAAGGUAGAACCUAAAAGUAGAAAAGUUUCAAUAUUUAAUUCGACAAAAUAUUAUUCGGUUAUUAUGCGCAAUAUACAUGUGGUUCAUGAUGGCAAAACCUGUAGAUGUUGUACAAAUGUAGAUGGAAUUUCGGGACAUUUUGAAAUUUCACUUGUCAUAAGUAGAAAACCAAUCAUUGACAUUAGCAAGGCAGUAACAUGUAAAAGCUCCUCUGCAAUUACUUUGUAUUGCAUAAUCAACACCGGAUUUCCUUUAUUUGGGUUUUACAAUUGGAUGCAUUCCAGACAUGGCACAAUAAUUCGAUAUUUAAAAGGGGAAAAGAUGCAUACAAAGUCACUGUUGAAAUUUAAUUCAUGCAGUCAUAAUGAUACUGGCGAUUAUACAUGUGAAGCGUAUAAUGAAUAUGGUGGCAACAUAACCUUUGCAAAUAAAACUGUUUCGUUGAUUGUUUAUGGUCCACCGAUCAUAAAGUCUGAAGAAACAGUUACAUGCAACAAUGCAUCGGUUACAUUGUCGUGUACUAUUAAAACAGUACUCCCUGUUUACGGGUUUAACCCAUGGAUACACUAUUUUAAUGGGGCAUAUAUUCGCAGAUUAAAUGGAUCCGUGCUAGAAAGGAAGUCGAUUUUAGAGGUUGAAACGUGUAGUUACCAGAAUGCCGGAGAAUACAUAUGUACUGCAUGGAACAAAUAUGGAGAUACAACUCUAGUUGCAAAUAAAACUAUUGAUCUUGUUGUUAAUGCUUCCCCAGUGAUAAUCUCGUCGGACGUUAUUCGGGAACAACAAACAACCCUUUCUGCGACAUUUUACUCUUCUUCAGAGAUGGUUCUUACUUGGGAGCAAUCCAACCAGACACUGACCAAAUCGACAGAUUGGUUGCAAACGCUAGAUAGAAACAAGAUUGAACUUAUUCUUUAUAAUAAAAGUAUUGAAUGUGAUGGGUAUACUGCUAAUUUGUCAAUCAGAUCGUCUUUAGUUGGGGAAUACGUUUUACUUCUCCAAAAUACAUUUGGUGAAACAAGACUCUUUUUUGAAGUGAAUAAAUUAAGUACACAAGCUUUGACAGCUUCUUUCGAUUUACGUACAGUGGUGUUUUGCAUUAUUGCCAUUGGAAUAUUUCUUUUGAGUACAGCUGGAACAGUAAUCAUGUCGAAAGGGAUGCGACGUAAAAACGUAAUACAUAUAAUUGGUCCACAUGAAAGAUGUCCUACCAUUCCAAUAUAUCAUACUGCUCCAGCUUUGAAUAAUACGCAGAAUGUAUAUGCCAUCCCAGAAACAGGAUAAUUGUUUAAAGCCGACCAGUGACCUAUUGCUGCUAACUUUCAAUUUGACUGGGAUCUGGAAGAUAACUGUCUCAUAGGCACUAGUUUUUCAUGUACUUACUUUUAUAGUUUGAAACGUAUGAUUUUGUGUAAAAGCAUAAUAUAUAAAGAUAUACAAUUGAAUGUGGACUCUGUUUGAACUAAAGUAUCAUACAAUGUUAUAGCUUAAAAGUAUAAGAAACAUUUUUUUUUGUUAACAGAUUGUUGUCAAUAUAAUGGAAUUUUAUGCGACUGUCAAACAAGUGAGAGGUUUAGCUAGCUAUAAAACCAGGUUUAAUCCACCAUUUUCAACAUAAGGUAGUGCCUGUACCAAGUCAUGAAUAUGAUAGUUGUUUUCCAUUCGUUUGAUGUAUUAAAAGUUUUUGAUUUUACCAUUUAAUAAGGCAUUUAUCGUUUUGAAUUUUCCUUGGAGUUCAGUAUAUUUGUUAUAUUACUGUUUAUGUUUACUUUCUUGUUAUAUUUCAGUUUAUCUCUCGAUGUCUUUCGAGAAGUAUAUUUAAUUUCUUAAGUUAAAAACAGCCUCAUUAUGAAUGU